AUGGGAAAGAAGCGGACGAGAAGCACGGCCACGGCCAAGCCUGCCAAUGGAGACGCCUUUCACGCUCAGAGUUUCGUCGACGACGUCCGCGAGGCCCGCGAUGUCGAAUUCGCGGCCCAGAAGAAGCAGCAAGAGCGGUUAAAACGUCGCAAACUCACCGAGGACCUCGAAUUGGCCGCCGCCAAAACGGCCGCCAAGGCCACCAAGAAGGCCAUCAAGGCCGGCAAACCGCUGCCCUCUGUGUCGCAUGCUGAUGCGCGUAAAGCAGGCCUGCAAAUGUGGAAGCGCGCCGCACUUCGAAGGAAGGCCCGUGCCGGCAACGUGGAUGACGAGGACUUUGAUGGAGAGAUUCAGGAGGAUGUCGUCGACUCGAAGACUACGGCAAAAAUUUUUAAAGAGGCGAAAGAACAACGCGCCGAAAUUCGGGAAGAGAACAUCAACUCGGUCGCGGAAGAGGCCGCUCGUAAUUGCGCAAGGCUGGAUUCCGCUCUGGAGGCAGUCGGAGAAAAGGUGCAUGCCACUGCACUCGACGACAGUGAUCAGGAAUCUGGGGACGACUCGAAAAGUGAUGUCCCUUCAGAGGGAACUGCAAUCUACGAUGAGCGCGAACUUGCCUUUUUGGAUGGUAGUAAGGUUACAGAGGAAGACGAAAUGGCCUUGGCUCUGUUUACCAACAUGGAGAACAAGGGCACGACCAGUGACGAACCACAAGCUGCGCCGGGGACUCGAAUGCUGGCAGACAUCAUUUUGGACAAAAUUCGAGAGAAGGAGGAAGCUGAUGCACGGGCGGCAGCCAUUGCUGCUGACCCGGAACGCGCCGCGAGAGAUAAAAGAAUUGCAGAGGUUUAUGGGCUUGUCGGAAACAUUUUGUCAAGAUACCGAAGUGGUAAGGUGCCGAAAGCAUUUAAAGUGAUCCCCAAGCUCCGAAACUGGGAAGAAGUCUUGUACUUGACAAGACCGGACGAAUGGUCUUCCGCCGCAGUUUAUGCCGCUACAAGGUUACUGGCAUCCAACCUUCCAGCACGAGAAGUUAUAUCAUUUUACACGGACAUCCUUCUUCCUCGCUGCUUAGAAGAUAUAUCUGAGAACAAGAAGCUGAACUAUCACUUGUAUCGUGCACUAGCAAAGGCUGUGUACAAACCCGAUGCAUUCAAUAAGGGUAUAUUGUUUCCUAUCUGUGAAGAUAUAGGAUGCACUCUUCGACAGGCAACAAUUAUCGGGUCUGUGAUAAGCAAAGUAUCAAUUCCCAUGCUGCAUUCUGCAGCUGCCCUUCUUUACAUUGUGCAACUGCCUUACACGCCCUCAAACUCGAUUAUUAUCACGGCAUUGCUGGAAAAGAAGUACGCCCUGCCGUACCAGGUGUUAGACGCAGUGGUAGCAAGCUUUCUGAAGAUGAAAUCGGACACGCGGUCUCCCCCAUUGAUCUGGCAUCAGAGUUUGCUUGCGUUUGCACAACGGUACAAAAUGGAUGUGACAAUGGAACAAAAGGAGAGAUUGAAGCUGCUGAUGCGGGUACACACGCAUUACGCGGUGACACCAGAGAUUCGCAGAGAACUUUUCUCAUCGCGCAAUCGGGGCGAUUUGAUGGAUCCUGAUUCGAACACUAUCGCACGGAAUUUAGAAAGCGCGGCGAUGGUUAUGUGAAAAGGAGGGCAGAAAUACUCAAAUUUUGCUAAAUAAAGCACUAACGAAGAAGCUCCUCGAACAAUGCUGAUCAGUGACUGUGCACACUGUGCACACUUCCCAUGUUUUGUAAAUUGUUUAUGUGUAGCGACGAAAGUAAUCAUACGUAAAUCUGGUUAAUAACAGGCGAA